AAAAAAGUCCUUUUUUUUUUUUGGCAAGAGGAACGCGUGAGCGAAGAGGAGCUUUUCGUUACGACAGGGAACCAGCUGCUUGGCCGAUUGACCCUUUCCUGCUGGAGCGAGCGCCCCUUGCCGCCCAUUCCCACGACCCUCUUCUUCCAGGUGUGUCUCCGCGCCGCUGAACAUGCGGCUACAUCCUCUCUGGGCCGCCGUCGGCCUUUUCUUCUCCGCCUUCCCGUUAUCCUACCUCUUGAACACCACAGCGGCCUUGCACAACCCUUUGGUUAUUGCAGCAGUCAGCGUGAUUGUUCUGUCGUCUUUCUUUGUUCUGAUUUAUCUCCCAAACCUCUCCUACGAGGAUCCUCUCUUGUAUGUGUUCAUGGUCUUUUGCUUCCUCAUUGGAGCUGAUGUGGCGGUCGCUUUGGAGGAAGACGGCUACACAAGCAACUCUGGAGAUUUCUACGUCAGAGAGGGUUACCUUGGCACAGCGUAUGUCAUUAUGAUCUCCUACUGGCACGCUGUCGUGAGCUAUGCCAUGUAUCUCGUCAUGAUUGCAGCCAUUGUUCAAAGAAAGAGUUACCGGAACAUCGGCCUCUACUGGGCUGGAUCCCUCACAAUGACCUUUGUGGUCUUCCUGCUGGGCAAUGUGAUUGGGAAAUACAGCUCUGAGAUCCGACCAGCCUUUUUGCUCAACCUUCCUUAUCUCAUCAUACCCAUUUGGGCAGCCAAAAGAUUCUUUGCCCAGCCCAGGACCUGCCCUCUGCCAACAGCUGAUCAGGUUGCAGAAGAACAACACAAAAAUCUGGUCCAGCGCCCUAUGGAUUUGGGAUUGGUAGGGUUCCUCCUUCUGGCUGUGGUCUACACACUCUUCCGAGGACUGGUUGUUCUGGACUGCCCGGCUGAUUCCUGCUUUGAUUACGUUUACCUGCAAGAACCAUACCUGCGCGAUCCUGUGGCCUAUCCCAAGAUUCAGAUGCUGGUGUAUCUAUUUUAUGCCCUGCCAUAUUUCUGCAUCUGCAUCUACGGAUUAGUCGUUCCUGGAUGCACGUGGAUGGGGGACUGGGCCUUGGUUUUUGCUGGUGCUGUUGGACAGGCCCAGUUUUCCCACAUCUCCGCUUCCAUCCACCAUCGCACUCCUUUUCCGUACCGCAUCCCAGAAAGAGAAUGGUGGUUUGUUAUCAUAUGCAAUGUAGCCUACGCAGUGGGCCCGCAACUCUUAGCUUACCGCUGUCUCUACAACCCUGCCUUUUUCUGUUGUCCGGUUUCCCGGGCCGAAGACAAGAAGAAACAGUGAAAAAACAGAAACUUUGCACUUGCUGUUGCUCACAGAUCCAGUGGUGUUACACACAGGUGCUUCCUUGGAGAACCCCAGUUCUGACAGGGUUUUAAGUCUCUUGGGGGUGGGGUGGGGUCCAAACCAUUCCAGGUUCUUGCACAGCCUAAGCCAACCUUUGUUUUGUCUGCAUGAUGCCCUUGAAGCUGAGUUGAAGCUGUGAAAUCAAAGAUCUGUCUACAGCAGAUCUAUUUGCUACCAGGUGGCGAACAAGGUUAACACAAAGGCGUGGUGUUGUGGUGUCCUUACAAAACUACUCUGAGGUUUUUUGGGGGUGCUGGGGCAUGUGAGAAUGCAGAAGAGCGAGAGAGAUCUGGAAAUCUUUGAGGAUGUAAUUUGAAGAAGCUGGCUCUCCUGGUACCCCCCCCCAUUUUCUUAUUCUUCGCCUGGAAGGGGAGGGGGUACUGAUUUGUGAACAAAAGGAUCCUGUUCAUAAAACAGAAAUGGGGACCUAGAGCAGCUCCAAGAAGUCACUGUUUACAGAAUUAGAAAGAAAAAAAAAGGAUUAAUAUAUGACUUUUAAAGA